UUGAAGCUGCUUGCUGGCGUCACUCCUCCUCGCUGCUGCUGCUCAUCUCCUCCAUCCAUCGGUUGCAGAUCUGCAUUUCUAGAUGAUGGAUUUUUCAUUUGCUGAGCUGAGUUGCUAAUCUGUUGAAGGUGUGCAAGGACCUAAACUAGUUCUUCGAUGGCAUCCUAUGAUGACGCAGAAAGAGUAGAUCGGGGCAUUAAGAAGGAGGAGAAACACGAACAAGAGGAAGGCGACGGGUUCAUUGAUAAGAUCAAGGAUUUCAUUCAUGACAUUGGCGAGAAGAUCGAGGGAGCUAUCGGAUUUGGUAAACCCACUGCGGAUGUGGCUGCAAUUCACAUCCCUUGCAUUAAUCUGGAGAAGGCAGAGAUUGUGGUGGAUGUGCUCAUUAAGAACCCAAAUCCGGUGCCCAUUCCGCUCAUUGACAUUAACUACUUGAUCGAAAGUGAUGGAAGGAAACUUGUGUCCGGAUUGAUCCCGGACGCUGGAACAAUCCAUGCCCAUGGGGAAGAGAUUGUCAAAGUUCCUCUUCACUUGAUUUACGAUGACAUCAAGAGCACCUACAGUGAUAUCGAGCCUGGAAGCAUUAUUCCCUACAAGAUCAAGGUUGAUCUCAUUGUGGAUGUCCCUGUUCUCGGCAGGCUCACUCUCCCACUUGAGAAAACUGGAGAGAUUCCCAUCCCAUACAAACCUGAUGUUGAUGUUGACAAAAUCAAGUUUCAGAAAUUCUCCUUUGAAGAAACUGUUGCUGUGCUCCAUUUGAAGCUCGAGAACAUGAAUGACUUUGACUUGGGCCUCAAUGCUUUAGACUACGAGAUUUGGCUCUCUGAGGUCAGCAUUGGAGGCGCUGAGCUCUCCAAAUCUGCCAACCUUGAAAAGAAGGGUAUCACUUUUGUUGACGUUCCUAUUACCUUCAGGCCAAAGGAUUUUGGCUCUGCGCUCUGGGAUAUGAUUCGGGGUAAGGGUACUGGCUAUACCAUCAAAGGCCACAUUGAUGUUGACACUCCCUUUGGGGCCAUGAAGUUACCCAUUGUCAAGGAGGGGGGUACUACACGCCUUAAGAAGAGCAAGGAUGACGGUGGUGAUGAUGACGAUGAUGAGGUAUGUAAUCUUCAUACUGGAUUUUGAUUCUCCUGCUACAAAGUAGUAUAUGCAUUGCAUUCUUUACAUAGUUGUAAAAGACAAAUAAUAUUUCUUCUAGAUUGAUUACUUGAACCAAAUCCUGAAACAAAUAUCUACAAACAUGUAAGAUCAUAGAACCACUGUUGAAGACUUGAAGGGGCCAUGAUUUUGGGCACACCAAUGUGGUUGGUGCAAUGCACUUGCCCUGGAUAAAUAAGAGUGGUGUGUAUCAAGGACUAAACAUUUGUACCUUAUGUAUUAUCGUUCUGUAUCAUUAGUCGCAAUGUACUCCUCCAACAUACCUUUGCUAUCUACUCCGCCCCUUUUAGCAACUAUCAGAAUCCUGCUGACAGAUUAUUAACAUUGAAUCUCGCAAAAGCCUGCUCUUGAUGUCAUCCAUUUCAAACUAAACUCUGUUAAGCUGCACUGUCUCAUGCAUUCGAAAAUUAUAUACUCUAGCAUCCUAAUUAUCUGAUUGAUAAUGCAGUCUUAUUCCUGUAACGAAUUUCAUAUACUUCUAUGUGCAGGACUAGAGAGGGGGGAGGGCUUCGGCUUUUGCUUCACCUGUCAAACUAAUGGUUAUUGUCUGUUGUCUGUUAUUUGUUGAUCUGUACCUAGUAUUUAAGAAAAUAAUACUUACAUAUGCGUUUGAACUUCUGGUGGAAGUGAAUUAAACCGUUUGCGAGAAAGGUUGGGUUAAAUACAAUUAAACAUUCUUGGAAGGGAAAGUUAUAUGUUGUAUUGUUGUAAUAGAUUAUCCAGUGUUAGAUGUUUUGCUCAUUUUAUUCUCUA